CCAAGAGGAGUGCGGGCACAUUGGGGGUGUCCUCAGAGCACCUUGCCCCAACGUGCCACCUAGCGUCCUCCUGGUGUCUGCGCUGCCUGAGGUCUUACAGGCCUGGUUCUCAGGGAGUGUCUGCGGACGGGUGGGGCCAGCAUGUGACACUCCCUCUCUGCUCACAGGCGAUGGGGACCCUGAUGCCUGCCACCUCCUGGGCCCUCCUCCUGGCCACACUGGGCUCCGUGGCUGGCCUACCUCUGGAGGGAGAGCCCGGCUGCACUGCCCGGCACCUGGCCAGAUACAGCAUCACCUUCAUGGGGAAGUGGAGCCAGACAGCCUUCCCCAAGCAGUACCCUCUAUUCAGGCCCCCUGCGCAGUGGUCUUCCUUGCUGGGGGCCACCCACAGCUCUGACUACAGCAUGUGGAAGAAGAAUGAAUAUGUCAGUAACGGGCUGCGGGACUUUGCUGAGAGGGGCGAGGCCUGGGCCCUGAUGAAGGAGAUUGAGGCGGCCGGCGAGAAGAUCCAGAGUGUGCACGGGGUCUUCUCGGCCCCCGCUGUCCCCACAGGCACGGGGCAGACCUCCGCAGAGCUGGAGGCGCACGCCAGGCACUCGCUGGUCUCCUUCGUGGUGCGCAUCGUGCCCAGCCCCGACUGGUUUGUGGGCAUCGACAGCCUGGAUCUCUGCGAGGGAGACCGCUGGAAGGACCAGGUCUCAUUGGACCUGUUUCCCUACGACGCUGGCACAGACAGUGGCUUCACCUUCUCUUCCCCCAACUUUGCGACCAUCCCGCAGGACACAGUGACUGAGAUAACGUCUUCCUUCCCAAGUCAUCCAGCAAACUCCUUCUACUAUCCGCGGCUGAAGUCCCUGCCCCCAAUGGCCAGAGUGAACUUGGUGCGGCUUCCACACAGCUCCAGGACCUUCGUCCUGCCCACCCAGGACCUGGCCGGCACGGGUAACGAGAUUCUCGACACCCUCUCAGUUCCACAGACGCCGCUGGACUGCGAGGUGUCCCUGUGGUCGUCUUGGGGGCUGUGCGAAGGUCGCUGUGGGAGGCUGGGAGCCAAGAGCAGAACUCGCUACGUCCGCGUGCAGCCCGCCAACAACGGGACCCCCUGCCCUGAGCUGGAAGAGAAGGCAGAUUGCACCCCUGACAACUGUGUCUAAGACGAGCACAGAUCCUCGGGCCCCGAAGGCAAGGCGGGCAGGCCAGGCAGACAGCGGGCGAACCUCUGGUGGUUCGGGUCUGGGGUCGCAGAGGGGUCUACGCAAGCUUACGGCAGGCUGGAUGGCCUUUGCCUGAGGUGGUUCUGUCAUAUUCCUGCACCCUGGUGGACCUUCUGGACAGAGGGUGGAGGCCCAGGCGGGACCCAAGAUCGCAGCACAGAAGAGCCUGCAUUGCCCCCUAGUGGUAGGGAGGGGACUUCCCUGAAUAGCUGCUCCUUUUUGCCCACAUUUUCCCUUCUAUACAAUCCAUCCCAUGUCCCAAUCUCUCUCUGCUCUUAGGCUCUGUCGUUUCACAAGGAUACUUCAUAUCCCCGAGGCUCACUAAUCUCUACUCUAAAUUAUGUUUCACUGUAAUUUAUUACCGCUACGGAGACUGUCUUCAAUGCCAAGCAGAGCGCUGUGCCCAACGUCUGGAAUGUGCACCCCACACGGCUGUGACAUACCUCAGAUUUGGCCAUCUGGGCAGCCAAUGCACACGGGAGCCCCUGGAAACACAGUCAUGGCUGGGGACCCCCCCACCGAUCGCUCCUCAGAGGGGCUGCCAGCCACGCCCUGCUCCUGCCAGCCAAUUGGGAGUAACGGCGGUCAAGUACCAGGGUCACAUUCAGAAAAUCCACCUGGUGUUCCGAUGUUGUGAUCUCUGUUCCCUCACAAAGGCUGAUGGCCUAUCAUCUCUCGGGUCCUGAGUGUCCCUGCAGUGGAGGGACAUUCUGGUGUGGAAUACCAGAGGACACACCUCGAGGAGCACUGGGCAACGCUGUUGUGGCCAUAAGCCGAGGGGACAGGACUUGGGAGAGGACAUGGCACCCAGACCCAACGCUUUCACCUGCUCUCUGGGAUCCUCUGGGACACAGGCAGGGACUGGAAGGAGAGAAGGAUGGGCAUGGGGGGUCAGAUCAGGAAGCCAGACAGGGCACCACAAGGGGAGUCCCUUGGAAUUGAGAUGCUGCAGUGACAUCAGAAGGCCCCAGUGUGAUCUGCUCACCCAGGAGCCCAGCAGGUAUAAGAGGCAGGUGGCCAGGGUCUGUGGUCUCACAGAGAAGCUGGACCAGGAGAGAUGGGGGCCACACUGCUGGCACUGCUACUCCUCAUCCCUCUCUUCUCUGCAGAGGAGUCUCUCCUCGGACACCUGGCCUAUCCCAGGCCCCUGGCCAAAACCCUGCUGUCCCCCUUCAUCCCUCUUUGUGGUCUGGGGAGCUCACAUACCUGCAGUCUUCCUCAACUGGACCCCUAACCAUCCACGGACCACCCAUCCCAGCCCACCACCUUCAACCCUCCCCUCAUCCACUGCCACCUUCAAACGCAGGCUCGUUGUCCCCUGAACACCAGUCCACCUGAGGACCUGCCAGCCCAGCCCACCAUCUUUGACCCUCCACUAGUCCACUGGCACCUUCGAACCCGCACACAUCAUCCCCUGGACUUCCACCAGCUCAUGGACCCGGCAUCCCAGCCCGCUCUUUGACCCUCUACUCAUCUACAGGCACCUUUGAACCUGCACGUAUCGUCUCCUAUACCACCUGAGGGCCUGCCAUCCUAGCCCACUGUCUUUAACCCUCCACUCAUCUACCAGAACCAGUGAAUUCACACUCAUGGCUCCCUGGGCCCCCGCCCAGCUGAGGACCUCCCAUCCCAGCCUGCUGUCCUCAACCCUCUGCUUGUUCACUGGUACCUAUGAAUCUGCACUUGUCAUCUUCUGGACCCCCUUGUGUCCACACACUCACCAGCCCAGCCCACUGUCUCCAAACUUCCACUCACCCACCAGCAUCAGUGAACUUGCCCUGGUCCUCACCUGUCUAAGGACCUCCCAGCCCAGUCCACCGUCUUUGACCCCCUGCUGGCCCAUCACCACCAGGGUAACCUUACUGUGUGUCUCCUGGACCCAUGCCCAUCUGCAAACCUCUUAUCCCCACCCACCAUCUUCAACCCUACACUGAUACACCAUCAGCAGGGAAACCAGUGGACAUCCAUGGGACCCCUGCCCACCUGCAGAACCCGCAGCCUAGCUCAUCAUCUUCAACCUUCUGAUGGCCCACGGACAGCAAAGUAACAUCACCGGAUGUUCUCUGGAUCCCCAUCCACCUGUGGACCCCACAUCCCAGGCCACCUCUUCAACCCUCCGCUUACAUAUCUGCAACACGGAAAGCUCAGUUUACAUCCCCUGGUCUCCCACCCACCUGUGGACCCCCUAUCCCAGCCCAUCAUCUUCAACCCUAUGCUGGUCCACCAGGAGCAGGAAACCUAGUGGAUAUCUGCUUGACCCCUGCCCACCUGCAGAACCCCCAGCCCAGACCACCACCUUUGUUCCUCUGCUGGUCCACUGGCAGCAAGGUAACAUCACAAGUUGUGUGCUGGACCCCCACCCACCUGCAGACCCCACAUCCCAGGCCAUUUUCAACCCUCCACCUGCAUGCCUACAACAGAGAAAGAACAGUGUACACUUACAACAGAGAAAGAUUGCCACACACCUGACGACCUCCCCGUCCCAGUCCCCCAUCUUCAACCCUCUGAUGGUCCUCUGGCAUGAGGGAAACCACACAGGACAUCCUUCCGACCCCUGCCAAUCUGAGGACCCCCCAUGCCAGGCCACCAUCUUCAACCCUCCACUGGUCCACUGUCACCAGAGUUACCUCAGUGGACAUCUGCUAGACCCCCACUCACCUGCAGACCCCACACCCAGGCCACUGUCUUCAACCUUCCGCUCGUCCACCUGCGGCAGGGAAACACCCUGGAUGUUCCCUGGAUCCCUGUCCACCCGCUGAACACCCAGCCCAGAAACCAUCUUUGACCUUGUGCUGGUCAGUUGGCAACAGGAAAACCUGACUGACUGUCCCCUGGACUGCUGUCUACUCGCCUGUGUAUCCCUAUCCCAGCCCGCUGUCUUCUACUCUCUGCUGGUCCAUCAGCACCAGGGAAAUCGCACCAAACAUCCCCUGCGUCCCCCCGUCCACUUGUGGAUCCCUCACCCCAGCCCACCAUCUUUAACAUUCCACUGGUCCACAAGCAGCAAGGAAGCCUCACAGGACAUCCCCUGGACCGCUGCCCGUCUGCUGAACCCCAGCCCAGCCCACCAUCUUCACCCUUCUGCUUGUCCACCGGCAGCGGGAAACAAGAAAGGAACCAAGCCACUAGCACCGGCGGAAACAGUGUCUGCAGGGAGGGGCAGGGUUAGCCGUGAAGGCAGAGUUUCCUGACUCUGAUCAUGGUCUUCGGGAGCAUCUGUGGCCCAGGGUGGAGGCCCCUCCAGUGCUCAGAGGGGUGCAGGGCCCAGUUCUCAUGCCUCACUGGGCUGAGGAGCACGGGGGCCAUGGGCUGAAGACCUUUGGCCUGGGACAGAAUUCAAACUCACGUCCUGGCAGGCAUUUGUUUGGGGGACUCUUUUAUUCUGGGGACUUAGUUUAGUUAGGGGGAGAAAAAUAUGGGCAGUCUAUGAAGACCUCAAGCUGCUCCCGGAAGCCUUCUCCCAGGAGACAAAGUAUGGAGCUCAGACACUGGUAGAAUUUGAACAAGAAAUAAUACGUCUUAAAACCACCAUCAGAACAAGGAGAGGAAUUACCAUCUGUCUGAGCUACAAGAUGCCCUCCCUGAGCUGGGAGGUGAACAUCGCAGCUGACACACCUCCUUUCGCUCCUGUGGCCACAGGAAGCACAGGACUUCAGAGGAGGCAGUCCUCUACGUGGCCCAAAAGGCUCUGAUCACUCCCAUUCCUCCCCCAGUGGCAUCUUUGGACUUCGGAAAAACCGUCGCACCACCACCAAUGAAGCUUAAUGGUUUGUCUAAAGAAGCAGCAGGGCUGGCACCCCCAUAUCUGAUGAUCCCCCUCUUAGGCUGAUCAGGUGGGAAAACAUGCAUCAUGCUCUGUGCCGUGAAACAUACAAGAGCCUUCGUGGUGCAGUGGUUAAGAGCUACAGCCGCUAACCAAAAGGUUGGCAGUUCCAAUCCACCGGCCGCUCCUUGGAAACUUUGAGUCGGAAUCAGCUCAACAGCAGUGUUUUUUUUUUUUUUUUAAGGGUGUUAAAGUGGAUGGGGGAGGAUCCUUGGGGUUCUCUAUCCACAGUGCAAAGAGCAUGGCCCCGUGGAGGACUUCCAACCCACUUGGACAGCUUGGAGCCAGGGAAGACCCUGUGAUGGAACUUUUCCUGUUGUAUGUUGUCUAUGAAUAAUUAAAACAGCUUUCACUAUUGGCAACACCAUGUGUGUGUCUUGUGUGUAGGACUUGAUAGGCUAAAAAAAUCCCAUCGGGUGGAUACUUGGGAUCUGGGGACA